AUGGCAUCCUUAGCACUGCACAGAAAACAAGUUAUAGACAAGACAGUGGGUCUGGGCGAGCACCUGGAGACCUAUUCCUGUAGCAAAUACCAUUCCAUGGCAGAAAUCUAUGAGUGGAUGAGCCAGGUCAGUGAGAAGUAUGCAGAAGUGGUGAUGCAGCAUUUCCUAGGGAUGACUUAUGAGUCCUGGCCCAUGUAUUUAAUAAAAAUCAGCCAACCAUCUAGUAGCCCCCAAAAGAUCAUUGGGGUAGACUGCAGAAUCCAUGCCAGGGAAUGGAUUGCCCCUGCUUUUUGCCAGUGGUUUGUGAAAGAAGUUCUCCAAAACUACAAAGAUGACUCAAGGAUAAGUGUGUUUCUUAAGAACCUGGACUUCUAUGUGCUUCCAGCCCUUAACAUAGAUGGUUAUAUCUACCCUUGGACAACUGAUCAACUGUGGAGGAAAUCCCAUCCAUCCCAUAAUAAUGGCACAGGUUUUGGAUCAGAUCUCAAGAGAAAUUUCAAUGUAUCCUGGUAUAGUAUUGGCGCAUCUACUAACAGCCAAAUAACAUUUUGUGGGAUAGGACCAAAGUCUGAACCAGGGACUAAAGCUGUCUCUAGCCUCAUUGAGAGCAAGGAGGAGGACAUACUGUGCUUCCUAAGCAUACACUCUUACGGUCAGCUCAUUCUUGUACCAUAAGGCUACACCACAAAUAAAUCAAGUAACCAUGAAGAAUUGAUUCGAGUUGGACAGAAGGCAGCAAAUGCAUUGAAAGCAAAGCAUGGAACCAAUUAUAGAGUUGGAUCAAGUAUGUAAGUAUCUUUAUAUCCCACAUCUGAAUUUUCAAGAGACUGGGAUCAAGACAUCAGGAUCCCUUUCUCCUACACAUUUAAACUGAGGGACAAUGGCACCCACUGGUUUAUUCUGCCUGAAGAUCAGAUCCAGCUGACCUGUGAGGAAGCCAUGGAGGCCGUGCUCUCGAUCCUGGAGCAUGUGCAUGCAAAGUACUGGCUUUCUAGCAAUGCCAGGAAGGUGACAUUCACCUCUGUGGUGCCGAGCUUGCUGUAGUUCUUCACU